AUGGGAUGGCAAAAAGUUGAUGGCCUACUUACUCAAUUGGCCGUCGGUCGUGGUAAUAACGUAUGGGGUGUGAACGCACAAGAUAAUAUAUUUCGAUACAUAAACGGAACUUGGCGUCAAGUUCAAGGAGCUGCUACAUAUGUCGGAGUUGGAGCCGAUGGAACUGUCUGGGUUGUUAAUCGACUCAAUCAAAUUUUUACAUGGGUUGAUUAUGCAUGGAUACAAAUUUUCGGCUCGUUGGUCCAAAUAUCAGGCAAAUUAUUGCUUAUUGUUGGCGAUAAAACUCAUGUUUGGGGAGUUAAUAAUGCAAGCGUAAUUUAUUUUCGAAUUAAUGGUGAUAUAAAUACUAAUAAUUUGAUAUGGACGCCAGUUUUCGGUUCUUUGAUUGAUGUGUCGGUAGCUUCUGAUGGAACAGUUUGGGGUGUUAGUAGCACCCAUGAUAUUUAUAAAUGGGCUGGAUACGAUUGGAUACAAGUAGGUGGCAAGCUCAAACAAAUAUACGUCAGCAGCCGAGAUCUUAUUGUCGGCGUAAAUGAUAAUAAUGAAAUCUUUCAAUAUGUUAAUAAUACUUGGCACCAGUUAGAUGGUUCAUUCAGAUAUGUUGCAAUUUCUAUUGAUGGCAUUUUAUGGGGUAUUAAUAAUGGUAGCGAAAUUUUUACACGUCAAGAUAAUUUGAUUAGUCAGAUAGAUUCGAAUAAUAAUUCACAAACCAUUAAUCACGGGACAAAUGAUUCACAAAGCAAUUCGAACAUAAUCAUAGGGCUAGCUAUGGGUCUAGGUCUAACAAUUAUUAUUUUUAGUAUUGCAAUUUUAAUUAUUGUUCGACAUUACAAAAAAGCUUCUAUACUUAGAGUCACAUGA